AUGUUUGAUUCUGACACCUGUGCUGGCUUUUUGUUUUUGUUAGGAUUUUCAAUUGACGACCAAGCACCAAGGCAAACUCAGGGCAAGCCCCCGGAGCUAUCCACACUAUUCGCAGAGAUUGUGUUUGUAGUAGUCUGUUCAGUGGGACAGCUCCUCUUUGCAAUCGUGCUGGCAAACACCCUCGUCAACCAGAUCACUCUGAUAGAUGCGUUAGGCCUUGAUGGGUCCAAAUCCCCAUGGUUGAUUGGUUCUUUCUGUCUUGCCAAUGGUGUUUCUGUCGUGGUAUCGGGAUCAUUAGCAGAUCUCAUGAACCCUAAGUGGCUCACUGUGGGUGCUCUGGUCUGGCUCACGGUCUGGAACCUCAUUGGGGUGUUCUCCAUCACACCAUCCCGGAUGGUGCUACACUUUGUUGUUCGUGCAAUGAUAGGCCUUGCGGUAGGCAUGAUCCAGUCGACUGCCAUGAGCAUGUUGGGACGCAUCUACAAGCCCUGUCAGAGAAAAACAACAGUCUUCUCUUCGAUGGCUGCUAUGAUCCCACUGGGAUUCGGUGUCGGCGCGCUGCAGGGUGGUGCCUUCAGUGCCCAUCUUCACUGGGUUUUCGGCUCUACAGCCAUCAUGUGUGCCGUCUGUACAGUCGCUGCAUACUGUGCGGUUCCAACGCUUCCACCAUCGUCCGGUCCAGCAGGUGAAGGAAAACUGUCCAUCAAGGACUUUGACUACCUUGGAGCGAUCGUUUCAGUGAGCGGGUGUGGGCUACUCAUCUUCGGAUUGACACAGGGCGCACCCACCCACUGGACACCAUAUACAUACACAUUGGUCAUUGUAGGUGUACUGCUCCUUGUUGCCUUUUACUUCGUGGAACGCUGGGUAUCCCGACCAAUUAUCGACAACCGACUCUGGAAGACACCAGGUAUGAUAUGGCUGCUGAUAUCAUAUUUCCUGGGAUACGGGGCAUUCACCGGCGCGUGGAUGUUCUACGCCGUCCGCUUCUUCCUUACCAUUCAAGAUAAACCCCCAAUCAUCGCUGCGCUUUAUUUCAUACCUCUUGCCAUAUCAGGAACAGUGGCUACAGUGGUAGUCGCCAAGACACUCCAUGUUCUCCCAGGCCACUACAUACUCAUAUGCAGCAUGAUUGCAUUCGCUUUGGGCCCGGCCUUCUUCCUUCCACAGACCUCUAAUACUAUUUACUGGGCACUGUCGUUCCCUGGUGUCAUCCUCGUGGCUUUUGGACCGGACAUGUCGUUUGCAGCCGCGUCCAUCUUUGUGACCUCCAACGUGCCAAAGUCCUUCCAAGGCUCGGCGGGCAGCUUGCUGGUUACCAUGCAGAACCUGUCAUCCGCGAUCUUUACAGCUAUUGGAGAUACGAUUGGAGAGUGUAUUACGAAUGGAGAGGGUUACAGUCUGAACCUUGAUGCACUGAGAGCUAUCUGGUGGUUUAGUCUGGCGACAUCUUUGCUCAGUGCUUUGAUCUGUGGGACUUUUGUCCGAAUUCCCAAGGCCGAGGAGAAGGAACAUCUACAGUGA